AUGUCAUCGAACGACGAACCGGUCGUCGCCCCUACUCCUGUGGAGGUCGAUGAAAAUGAGCCUCCAGCUACCCCGAUAGAGUCCAGUGUCGUCUCCGGAGGCGAAGAUUUGGUUAAGUCCAGCCCGGAGGUAUCAAAGGAAAGUCCCGCAGCCUCUCCGGCUAAGGCUAGCCCUGGUACACCCGGCGCCGCGAAGCGUCCUGUGUCUGGAACAGCUACCACCAAACGGCCCACUUCGUCCCUGCAACGAAACCCACGACGGGUACCUCUCGCACGACUACCAGCACGCUGA